GAGGAGGAGAAGGAGCAGUAAAGAGAGAAAAAUGUAGAAGGGGGAGGGAGUGAGUGAAAGAAAGAAAGAGAGAGAGAGAAAUAGGUGCAUAGAAAGAGAUAGAGGGGUUGGAAGAGAGAGAUAGAGAAGGGGACAGACAGAGAGAGACAAAGAAAGAGAGGUGCAGAGAGAGAGGGAGGUGUUGACCUGAGGCGUGUCCAUGGAGGGAGACCCAGAGGAGCCAGAGGAGGACAGCGAGGAGAGCCGGGACGGGUCUUCCUCCCCUCGCUCCUCCGUCCUGUGGGAGAAGGUGAUCCAGCACAGCGUGUUCCUGGACCUGAGCGAGGACGACAGCGUCCACCUCAGUGACCUGGAGAGCUCCUUCGACGUGCGUCUCUCCCGGCCAGACUCGGCUCUCUCCGAGACCAGCGUCCACCUCAGCGGGGAUCCUGAGCUGUUGUCGUCUGAGAGCAGUGAUGUCAGCAGCCAAGGCGAGCGCGUGGUGGAGGGCCGUACGAAGAGCAGCGCCACGCGUCCGUCCGUCCAGAGACCCAACACCGCCCAGCCCGGGACGCCUUCACCCCGCGGGCACCAGGACCCAGGGGACACCAGCGACGAGGACCAGGAAGAGCUUCCCUACGACGGGGACCUGGACAGCCGCUACCUCGACCCCCUAGCUUCACCUGAGGAGAAUUCAGACGCCGGCGGCGAAAAUUCCGGAACCCUCCAGUCCAGUCCCAACGUUCUAGAUCUUUCCGACGGUCCUGCGGUUGGUGGGUUUGGAGAUACCACCCCUGUUCUCUCUCCGGUUGAGAGCGGAGCUGCAGAGCGGGUGUCUCCCGCUGUAAGCCAGGGUGGGACAGGAAGCUUCCUGGACCCCAGCAGGCCGACGGAGGGGCUGCCUACCUGCAGCAGUCCUGUGUUCGAAGCCCCACAUCCAGACAUCACCCAGCUGCUCCUACGUCACUUCUCCCAGGACCAGCUGCUUCUCUCGGGCAGACUAAUCGAGGCAGAGACCCUGCCGGAGGUGUCCCUGCUGGAGAGCAUGGACGAAACCUUGCUUAGCAGGGCCCCAGGAGGCAGCUGCACAGGGAGGCCCUCUCAUGUUAAUGGGUCAGCCCCACAGCGCAGCUGCACAGGGAGGCCCUCUCAUGUUAAUGGGUCAGCCCCACAGCGCAGCUGCACAGGGAGGCCCUCUCAUGUUAAUGGGUCAGCCCCACAGCGCAGCUGCACAGGGAGGCCCAGUGGUGGCUCAAAGGGAUCAGAGAGUCUGGGACAGGAGACUGUGGAGUCUCACCAUAGUCGCGUGUCGUCCGCUGCUGGGCAACACCAGGAGCAGAGUAGUGGAGUUCCCAGAGAGACCAACCUGGCCCAGGAAGAGGUGGAGGAGGAGGAAGAGGAGGAAAAAGAGAGGGAUGAAGAUGAAGAGAGGGAUGAAUGUGAGGGGGAAGAAGGGGAAGAGGAAGAAAGAGAGACAGAGGAGGUGGAGGAAGAGGAGUGGGACGAGGAGGAAAGGGAAGGUGAGGAGGAUGAGGAAGAUGGAGGAGAGGUGGAUGAGGUAGGAGGACAAGAAGAAUCAGUAGAGGAGGGAGGGAUCCAGAAUGUUCCCCUGGCGAGGACCAGGUCGUUCUCUGAGCUGAAGUACGGUCAGGGUCAGGUCCAUUACCGGCGCCCAGACUUCUCCAAGGUCGCCCCCAAGGUCAAGAUCCCCAAGACCCCCAGCGGCCUGGACAAACCCCUCGGCCAAUCACCGACCCCUAUCAUGCGGGCCCUGUCCUCGCCGGGCAUGCUGGGUAUGUCGUCGGAGAGGCGCCUGGCGGCGGUGGACGUGAUCAGCAGGGUGCUGGAGGACUCGCUGCAGCCCGCAGACAGACCCCACGCCUUCACACACCUGGACACACAGACAAACACCAGCCCGGCGCUGGUGCACCACCUGCAGGCUGAAUAUGACAAGCUACUGACUAAAUACGCAGAGGCUGAGAACCUCAUUGAUCAGAUGAGGCUGGGUGCAAAGCCUCAGGCACCCUCAGAGCUUAAUCUGGAGUUGGAGUACGCUGGUCUGCAGGAGCAACUAGGUUUACGAAGCAGUGGAAGCCAUUUUGGAUCAACGCCCUUCCCCACGGCCCCUCCCAUAAACGCCAAGACUCCGCCUCUCUCUCCACACUGCCCCUCCCCCUUUGCAGAACUAGUCAGUGCAGAGAAGCAGAACAACAGUGCUGAGGGGAUUAGCCCUGCCCCCAGCCCCGUCUACAAACCCUCCCCAGGCUCUGCCCCCAGCCUCGCCCCUAGCCCCGCCCCCAUACAGGUGGAGCUGCAGAGUGAUGGGGAGAGGAUGACCGCUGAGCUCCGUGACAUCAUCAGAGAGUUCCUGCAGAAGGUUGAGGACUUCAGAUCAAGCCUCAGGACUGUGUCUAUAACCCUGGAGGAACAGCAGAUGGUGUUCCGCAGCAUGGUGGAGGCUCAGGACCACCUGGAGAGGGGGUACCUGAGCAGGAGGGAGGAGCAUCGGGCCCUGGAGAUGCAGACCUACCUGGGCGUGGCACGGAACACGGGCACCUUUGACCCAGACAGACUGGUGGAGGGGGAGAUAUUUAGGGUAGGGAUGUACCUGGAGGACAUUAAGGAGCUGAUAGACAGGAACAUGUGUGAGCAGCUCUGCCCACCCCCCUCAUCCUCCACCCCCCCCACCCCUCUGCUCCCCAGGGGGGGGUCCAGCACCCCCUCCCUGGGUACACCCUCACCUCCUCCAGCACCAUCCCUGCAUGAGGGCGUCGUGUUACAGGAGCCAGGCCUUGGUUUUUCUCCAUGGGGUUACAAGACCGAGGCGAGGGAGGAGGAGGACCAGGACGUCUGUGGAGAGGAAGACCUUCUCUCGGCAGCUUCUCAGCUGGACAGCCCUGAGCAGAGCAGCAGCAGUCUGAGGACCCCACACACCUCCCUGGACAGAGCCCACAUCCACACCCCCGAGGAGGGAGAGGAGGAGAGGGGCUGCGGGCCGUCUGGAGGGAGAGGGGCUGGUGGUCAGGCUGGACUCGGCUCCUCCUCCACAGAGACGCAGUGGAGCGCUGGCAGGACCAUCUCCACGGUGUUGCUCCUGUGCAGGCCGGUUGGAGCUGCAUCUCAGGACAGCAGCCUGCUGGUGGAGGUCUCCUGCUCCUCACAGAGCGUUGACACACACGGCCGCUCAGACCUCAGCUCUCCACAGAGGAUAGUGAGUUCGGAGACUGACAGCGGUUUUGGAAGUUGUGAGUCGACCACAGGGCUGUCCCCCUCGAAGAUAAACACUCAGAGAUCCAGGGUGCUGACCCAGAGCAACAGCAGCUCUGGUCUGAGUGGGUCAGACAGCGAGGGCUCCUGUUCCCAGCUGCAGACAACCAUCCACCCUGCAGACCGCCUACAGACCUCCACGCACCCUGCAGACCGUCUACAGACCACCAUCCACCCUGCAGACCGUCUACAGACCACCAUCCACCCUGUAGACCGUCUACAGACGACCAUCCACCCUGCAGACCGCCUACAGACCACCAUCCACCCUGUAGACCGCCUACAGACCACCAUCCACCCUGCAGACCGCCUACAGACCACCAUCCACCCUGCAGACCGCCUACAGACCUCCACGCACCCUGCAGACCGUCUACAGACCACCAUCCACCCUGAAGACCGCCUACAGACCACCAUCCACCCUGCAGACCGCCUACAGACCUCCACCCAGCCUGCCCAGAGUCUACAGAACUCCACCCACCCUGUAGAUAGCUUUCUUGGGGACACAAGGGGCAGUGUACAGACCUCCAUUCAGCCUGGGGAGAGGCACGCCACCCUGACCCCACCCACAGACUCAGGGGCAGAGCCUCUCCAUUCAGUCCAGCUGCGUCUCCACGGCAACGCCCGGUACCAGGCGGAUCCCUGCCCGAGUCACAGCGUCGCCAUGGAUACGCUGCAGCCAGAAGGCCUCUCCCCCGCCUGCCCCUGUCACAGCGAGGCCCUGGUGUCUCUGCAGCAGCAGGUGUCCAGGCUGCAGAGGGACCUGGAGGAGGGACUAACCCAGCUCCCUCAGCUCAGCCAGAGGAUGGACCUCCUCUCCUCCCACCACCGGCAGGACCGGGGCUCCAGGAGCCGGCCCCGGCCUCACCCCAGGCCACCUGCACACAGUGUGUGGAGGUCUGCAGGCAGCAGGACACCCACCCUGGCCCGAGACCCAGGCCCUGUCUCCACCCUGCUGAAGGUAGACGACUGGAUCUCCUCAGACAUGGACCCCAGCAGGAGCAGAGGUACACAACAACACUGUACCAACAGUGACUCUGGGCGCUCAGGGACCCUGCAGUACCUCGGCUCACCACCAGGGGGCAGGAGAGGGAGCCCAGACCCACACACCUCCACCAGCCCGGGGAAACCCCAGAGCGAGAAGCACUCCAGCAGAGGUUCGGAGGGUAACCUGACUGUGAGGAACCCAGAUCUUCCCCUCUCCAACCCCAGUCCCAGCCCUAGUCCUGGUCCAAGUCCCAAUCCAAUACUAUGCAAACAGGGACUGUCCUACAGCAACCUCUACAGGGCUCAGCUAUCGGCAGUUCUGGACGCAGAGAUGGAGAACCUGUUCUCCAAGGGGAGGUUCUCUCUGCAGAAGCCUCUGUUGCAGGUCAACUAUGGAUCCUCCUGCAGCCUGCCUGCUGGCUUCAAGGUGAGGGAGCCUAUGCUGCAGUCUGGGUCUGUCCAGCGGAAGCGCUCAGCCCAGUCGGACACGGCGCUCCUGCCCAGCAACGUGUACUUCCAGCUCCAUCCAGCUCUGCCCCCCUCCAGGACCGGGAGCAGGACCAGCCGGCACAGGGGCAGCAAGGUGAGCUUGCAGAAGGUCAGCCGGCACAGGGGCAGCAAGGAGGAGGAGAUCAACAGGAAGCUGGACCAGGCCAUCGAGGCGGCUCGCAGCAUGAAGAAGGCCACUGAUAGGAUGGCCAGGAGUCUGUCAGCUGACCUGGCCAAGUCCCAGCUACACAGGAAGUUACACGGCAGGAAACACAUCACCUCAUAACGCUUAGGAUCCCACAUCUGACCUGGGAUUAGCCUCCAAACUUAAUGUGAUAACCCCUUUGUUGAGUUUUUUGUGUUUUAUGUAAGUUUACAUAUUUAUUUAUGGCCUCAAACGUUUUGAAUGUUAACUUAUUGUUGAUUAAAUUAUUUGUUAAUAGUUUGGA